GUUGAAGCAUAGUUUGGGGGUGGGUCAUAGAGUGUCCGGUAAAUGUAUAUUGUGAGAGUUUAGGGGUAUUGUAUAUUGGUUGGAAUUCUUUUUUUCUUAUAUAAUCAACAAAACAAACGUACUGAAAUAGAUUCACUAUGUGCGAGAUGAGUUGUGCUUAGUUGUAGUAUAUCUCGAAUUGGAAGUGAGGAGUGCUUAUAAUCCGAGCAACUCCCUCAUGUUACUUAUGCGGAGUUGCUAAUAUCUUUACGAAGAAUGCACCAAGUGUUAUUAAAUAUGAAUGUAAAUAAGCUAAUUAUAUAUUUGGUAAAUGUAUAUUGUGACAAAUAUGGGUAAUUGGAAUCCUAAUAGGUUAUGUUUAGGGUUUAGGUUUUUUAUGUCUUUUUAUACAAAUAUAAUUACAUCGUGCAGCUAAUGAGAAAAAAAUCUUUCAAAUAUUGUCUAGUCUUUUUGUGUUUCAGGUUCGUUUGAUUGUAGCAGAAUUUUACGUUGUUUUUUUAAUUUAAUCAAACACUUCAAUUCUGAAGUAGAUUUAUCUGAAAUUUUAAUUGGAAAUCGACAAAUUCAAAUAGAGCUGGAUGUGUUUAUAGUAGAUUGAAUCGAACCAAUUUAAUUAGUUACCCUAUAAUCUUUCUUGUCGAUUAUUGAAUUUUAAUUAACCUUUUACUUUGUUAUUCUCUUAGAGAUUUUUCCUUUUUGAGGGGAAUAAUGGCUGUAGCUUCUGAUCAAACCACAAGUAUCUGCAAUAACUGUGACAGGGAGAUUCCUUCUUUGAAUCUCGAUUUGCAUGUUGCUCACUGCUCACUGAAGCUUGAAAAAUGUAAAAUCUGUGGGCUUAUGGUUCCCAAAAAACAUGCAGACAAACAUUUCUUGAAAAAGCAUGCUCCGGUAACCUGUUCCUUAUGUAACGAGACAGUAGAGCGUGAGGAAUUAGCUGUUCACAAAGGUGAAAAUUGCCCACAAAGGAUGCUGGCAUGCGAGUAUUGCGAGUUUCCGUUGCCUGCAAUUGAUUUAAUUGAACAUCAGGAAGUAUGCGGGAAUAGAACAGAACUCUGCCAUCUGUGUAGCAGAUAUAUUAUGCUUCGUGAAAGAAGUGUCCAUGAGAGUAGAUGCAAUGGAAGCACAAAUAACAUUACAGAAUCUUCCAGAGCGAUUCCUUCUUCCAAUCACGAUUUUCAUGUUGCUCACUCCUCCCCGAAGCUUGAAAAAUGUAAAACAUGUGGCGAUAUGGUUCCAGAAAAAGAUGCAGAAGAACAUUUCUUGAGAACUCAUGCUCCGGUAGCAUGUUCUUUGUGUAACGAGACAGUGGAGCGUGAGGUAUUAGCUGUUCACAAACGUGAAAAUUGCCCACAAAGGGUCGUGACAUGCGAGUAUUGCAAGCAUCCUUUUCCUGCAAUUGAUUUAUUUAAGCAUCAGGAAGUAUGUGGGAAUAGAGCAGAACGCUGCCAUCUGUGUAGCAGAUAUAUUAGGCUCUGUGAUAGAAAUGCCCAUGAACGCAGGUGUAAUGGAAAAUCUUCCAGGAACACUAGUCAAGCUGAGAGAGAUCGUGGCGCUCUCAGAACGCAGCAACAUGAAGGUCCCAAGCCGCCACGCGUACUUACAAUUGCAAUAAUAGGCAUUGCUGUUGUGUUAGGCGCACUUUUUUACCAGAGGAAAGCUUAAGACAGUCAAGUGCCCUAGGAGAUUUACUUACAAUACAUCAAAUGAUACUUUUAUCAAACUGAGUUUCUUACUGUACUUCAUUAUUUACCUACAAGCAAUUAAUAUGCAAAUCAGAGACGAGUUUUAAUGCAUAAAUAGA